ACCCUGCCCCGGAUGUUGGCACCCUGCGAGCUGGCAGCAAAUGAGGUGAUUUCCCAACCAGCAUGUGAGGCCGAGCCACCACCACCCCGCCCCCGGGUGUCAGCCACCGAGGAGGGAGGACAGUCCCCGAGGAGCCUCACGGCUGGUUGGAAAGCACCAUGAUGCCACUGGGCUGGAUCCUGCUACCGCUGCUGCUGCUCCUGCUGCUGCUGCAGCCGGGCCCCGCCACACCGUGCUCCCCACAACCGAACACCACCCAUUUCGUCUGCACAGAGCCCACCCUGAGCACCUUCCCCUCCGGGCUGCCCCCCACCACCCUGGCCAUCUCGGUGGAGUUCACGGCGCUGGACACCCUCCUCCCCACCGCCCUGGUCGGGCUGCCUCUGCUGCAGGAGCUCCACCUCUCCUCCAACCGCCUCGCCACCCUCCCCAGAGUCCUCCUGCGGCCCGUGCCCACCCUGCGUGUCCUUGACCUGACGAACAACCUCCUGGCCGACCUCCCCGCCGACAUCUUCGCCACCACGGGCCACGUCCAGCACUUGGUGCUGCAGGGGAACCAGCUGCAGGUGCUGUAGCGUGCCUGGUUCCAGCACUUUCCCCGGCUGCACUGGCUUGACCUGGCUGCCAACGCGUUGGUGGAGGUGCCGCCGGAGGUUUUCCGCCCGCUGCAUUCCCUGCGUAGCCUGGAUCUGUCCCGCAACCGCCUGGCAUCCCUGGCACUGGGCGCGCUGGCCGGGCUGUGGGUGCUGGAGCAGCUCGACCUGGAGGGGAACCGGCUGGGCAUGCUGCCGCCCGCCACCUUCGCGCCCACACCCGGCCUGCGCCUCCUCUUCCUCCAGGAUAAUGAGCUGCGGGCGCUGUCUGCCGGCAUUUUCACCCCGCUGCGUCAUCUCCGUGUCCUCAACCUGGCACGUAAUCGGCUGCAGGCACUGGAGCUGCCCCCCCGGUCCCCCGGCCCCAUGUUGGACCUCGACAUCUCGAGGGUGUGUGAGUGCCCGCUGCUGGCGUUGCUGCAGCAGGCGGCCCCGCGGCUCAGCGCCACCCACGACACCCUCUGUGCAAGGCCCCCACACUACCAGGGACAGGAGGUGGCCGCCAUCAGCCAGGCUGGGGACAGGGGCUGCAAGACCAAGCAGGACCCGCCAAACCCCUAGGCGAGGGGUUUGGUGUCACCCUGGGUGCCUGGGCAUGUCACGUCCCUCCUGGCCACUCUGUCCCCAGCCAAGACGAGCUCUCCUAGGGAAACAGGCAGGGGUGCAGCUGUCCCCAUCCUGAUGGCCCCAUCCCCAUCCUGUGAUGCCCAUCCCAACGGCCCCCAGCCCCAUCCCACCUGGCUCAGGCUGUCCUGUGUCCCUGUCCCCAUCCUGCCUGGCAGAUGUCCCUGUCCCCACCCCACAAGGGCACAUUAAAUGCUGUCACUUGGAGCCA